CAGACGUGACUGUACCUAAUCGUGAGACCUAACCACAAGAUUUUCUACUAAGUAGCACUCGCAAUCUGUGAUGCUAUCUUAAUAUGAUUAUUGAUGUGGUGACGUGCUGUCAGUGUCAGAUUGUAUCCAAAAUUGCGAUUUUUUCUGAUAUUUUUGUGUGGGGAACGAAAUUUUCCGUUUCCAAAGCGAAAUUUUCCUUAAUUUCCUAUGAAACAUUCCUGAAAUUUCCGAAAAUUUCCUACUUUUGUAAACGUCCCGGAACUUGCACAUACGUAAAUAUUAUAGCCAGUCGUGUCAAGUCAGGUUUUCUACCCCUGGUUUUGUCGCUCAAGUUCAGUAAACCCUAGUUUUGCGCCCUCCCGCAGUCGAUCGGCUGGCGCGAGCGCACCUGACGUCGUCAAGAUGCAGUGUUUCAUUUGCGUGACGUACAUGUUUUUCAUCUGUAGCGCCUACCCGCGCCGCGAUGUCAAGUCAGAACAGCGAUCUCUCUUUCAUGACGUCAUCGAGUCUCUAAAGAUCAGAGCCCAGCUCCCAGAAGACACUAACCGGAACGAUGAAAAUAAUCUCGGACAAAUCUACGAAAGGUAUGGAUAUGAAAACGAGGACAUACACCUUCCUAAUGAUGCCGAAUUCAUACCCAGAAGAAACGACAGAAUUGCAUUGCCAUCCCUGAAGUACAGGCUUCCUAAAAGUUUGACAGUCAAUGAAACAAGCUCCAUUGAAAAAUCUAAGGACAAUGAUCUGAAUGAAAAACCUAAACAAGAGGAAAUCAUCAUCUUUAUAAGCACAUCUGAGCCACCACCUAAACCAACCACGCAGAAGAAUAAAAGAAAGCCAUCCAAACAACCCGGUAAAGAAAAAAAUCCAAAUCUGGGAUCAUUAGUUGACGAUGGAAAUAAAAGUCUCAAAGUGCCAAUAGUUAACACAAUGGCUGAUGAAAGUCACAUAGGAAAUAAAGAUUAUCAUAUGGUCGUUACGCCAAAUAUUGUUGUAAAUUUUCGUACCAAUGAAAAUUAUAAACAAGGAACUGUACGAAUAGAAGAUGGCAAGAACGCAAGCAGUAUUAUUCCUGAGAUAGUACCUCAGAACGUUUUCAAUAUACACCAAGAAGUUAAAUUAGAGAAAGGAGCAAUAGACGCAGAGUUUAGGAAAGGUGAAGCGGAGACGAAGAAAGUCAAGCAGGACAUAAAAGUGGUGGCUAGAGAUGUGAAACCGAAAAUAGAUGAGGACAUGAUGAUGUGUGAGACGGCAACUGUUAAUGAUCAACUAGAUGAUGAUGAUCGUAGCGGACGUUCAUUUAGGAAUGUAUUUCAAAUACUGUUUUCAAUCUAAAAUUAUGAGACAUGUAAUGACAGAUGUCUAACAUUGAUUUAAGCAGUAUUUGUUCAAAAGAGCAGAUUUGGUUAAGCUAGGUAAGUACAUUUACAGCUUGGUUAGAUUAGUUUGUUAAACUGAUCUACAAUGUUUCAUGCUUUAUCUUUUAGGUAACAUUUUUCGUAAUUAUACUUUGUAUUUAUGAUGGUAACGUAAUAUACAAUACAAAAAGUAACGGCCCGAUUCGAACGUGUCUUCAAACAAAAACGUCACUGUUGAAACUUGACAUAUCCAAUCCAUAUCGUAUCUUUAGAAAAUUUUCGACGUAUCUUAAAGUUCGUAUCGGGCAGUGAUAGAAAAAAAAACUCUUCUUAUGAAGCAGUGUCACACUGGUGCCAUAUCCAGAAACCGCAUCAAUGUGAUUACCGUCUUCGGGUCGAAAGAGCUCGUGAUGUUUAACAGAAUGUAAGAUAUAAAUAUAAUGAAUAGAAUCAGGCGUUACUUUGCGGAAAUCCAUACUAAAAAAAUAUUACUUUGCUAAUCCGCGUAAAAAUAAUGUGCUAGUUAACCAGUGCUAAUGCUAACCCGUUAUACUUACUUGCGUAUUUUUACAUGCAAUUAAUGUUACCACCAUCCCACUGCCAACAUAAAUACGCAAAUACAUAUAACACCACCACCAAAACACUGAUUGACUAACACGUUAUUUUUUCGUUCUCUCGCGCGUAAUAUUUUUUGUUUUUAUUAGAUAAUAUGAGUACCUACGUCAAAUUUAAAAAAAGUUUGAAGUACUAUUUUAUAGAACGGCUCGUUAAGUAAUGUUAAUAUAAAACUUAUGAUAAAUAAAGCUGUGCAAUUUAAUUAGUUUGGAUAAAUAUAACAUUACUUAAAUAUGUCCUAAUGUAAGUGUGUGUACGUGUGUGUGUGAGUGUAUUCCUGCCUAUUAAUCACAAGCUGUUGCAUGAUUUAGAAUUUAAGAAUACAUAGUAAAGGGACUUCAAGAACAUUGAUUUUUAUUCAUUGAAGUGGAUAUGCAAUUUUAACAAAUAAUGAAUUAGAUAAGUAGAUUUUAAGUAAAUUUGAACAUUUGCACGCUGUUUCGGCUGAAUACUGUGACAGUAUUUAUACCAUGUACUUAACACCGUGUAUCUACGUAUUCUUGCCAAUAAACGCUUCUAUUCUAAUUUGUACUAAGACAUUUAAAUGAAAUAAGGUAGCAUACUGCAAGACAUAUCAUCAUGUGUUUAUGUUCGUUAAUUACGAUAUAAUAAUGGCAUUAGUUCUUAAGGUUUUAAAUGAAGAUGAUUGAUAGAUAACUCUUUUGAACUCUAGCGUCAAGUCAAAGUUCGGGACGUUUGAGUCCGUUUUUAUAGUAUUGUCAAUCUGACGCAGGCUUUUUGAUGUUAAAAUAAAGUAGCUAAGAACAUUCCAUUGUAGUUUUAUUGAAACUUUUUGGUGUAAUGACAGUAAGUAGGUAACCUCUUUUUGAAAUACACCUAGUAAAAUCAUUAUAGUGAUAAAUACUACUAGAGUGAACUGGAACUAGAUUAAUUCGAUUUUAUUUUAUUUUUUCCUUAGUUUUAAUUUGAAAUAGUUAUUUAUAUAUAAGGCAUCCUUAGUUUUUUAACCAUAACAACUAUUUAAGACAAUAUUUUGUUCUGAAUAACUGCGUCGAUAAUAAUCAAAAUGUGUAUACUGCCUUAAGGAUCAUCAUCAUUAUCUUCCUAGCGUUUGUCCCGGCUUGACAAUUAAUCUUAAGAAUUGGCACUAGUUUUUACGAAAGUGACAGCCACCUGACCCUCCAACCCAGAGGGUAGACAGAGGGUAGACUAGACAAGGGUCUUUCAAGGGAUUAGUCCGGUUUCCUCACGAUGUUUUCCUUAACCGAAAAGCGACUGGUAAAAAUCACAUGAUAUUUCGUUCAUAUAAGUUUCAAAAAACUCAUUGGUACAACCCGUGGUUUCAACCCGCGACCUCCGGAUUGCAACUCGCACGCUCUUAGCGCUAGGCCUCCAGCGCUCUAUCUCCCUUGAGGAGGAUACAAUUAGUAUAAUAAUAUUAUAUUAUCAAUUAAUUAAUUUAUAUAUUUCACAGCUACCUUUACUGACGUAGGAAUUCUUGUGAUCAUGCAAGAAAACCCUAAACUAAGCUAGUGAUACUAUGAAAACCAAAUGCAAAAUCGCAUAAAUGAACUCAUAACACCUUAAAAAGCUUGCCCCGUUCACCUACUGUCUCCGCCUUAACUUUGUUACCGUUACUGUCCUACUGGGCCUACACUAUUUUUGUAUAUGACAUUAUCCUCUUUGAAAUAACGGCGAUUUUGCUUUAUCUUGAAAGUUUGCGACAAGAGUAUCUUACGGCAAUUAUCACAUUGGUUGCGAUAUGUACGUCGCUCCGAUGUUUGAACGAGACAACGCUAUCCACGUAUUAUGCGCCAUCCCGCUCGCACAUGGAAGCGACGUGCGAAUCGCAUCCAGUGUAAUAUAAUCGCCUAAAUGGAAUUUAUUGGAUUGUAAAAAGCAUUUUUGGCAACAACCGCAUCUAGCAAUGGACUUAGAUAGUAGGUAGGUUAUCUGAAUUAACGGUGCAUUAAUUUGUUAUUUUGCGAACGCCUUGAGAUAAAACUAGAAAUGGACAUACAAUAAAAACUGUUACCUAACUGUCUUAGACUACUUACAAAGGUUUGUAAUGUAGGUACAUGGUACGGAAUAAGCUUACAAAUGAAAGGUACGAAUUCAAUUUGAUUUUAAAGUAUUCAUAUUUUAAAUAUAUACAUUUAUAUACGCCUUUGUAUACGCGUUUUAUGGGACCGCGUUUAAUGGGAACGGGCAUACUUUGACUUUGAAUUUUAGAUUACGUAAAAUAGUAUAGAUUCAAUUUUUAAAUACCUCGCUCAGUAGUUACACAUAUAGGUACAUAGAAGCUUGUAAUUUAGGAAUAAGUUGAUCCGUCCCCAAUCUUUUAGUUGCUUUUAUUGAUCUAUUGGUUGAUCUGUUGUUAUUAUUUAUCUAAAUAUAAAAAUAAAUAAAUGAUUGCACAAACAGAUGGUAAAAAAUACACACUCAGGCAUAAAUUAAUACCAAUAAUGCGGUCAGCAGCCAAUUGGAA